AUGGCGCAGAACAACUUGAUUGAAACCACCUUGGAGCGCCUCACUAAGCAAAACCACGCUUCCAUGAAGGUUUUGCUUCGCUACGUCUAUUGUGAAAUCAAGCAAAUGCCCACUGCCAGAGGAGGUUCCUGGUGCAAAAUGAUUAUGCGCUUCGUGGACAAAGACGGCAAGGGUCUGUACGCGGAGCUUCGCGCGUCGGACGCCAACACUCUGAGGAAGGUGGCUGAACCCUGGAGCAAGGAUGUCUUCUAUGCCACGCACCUCAAGCCGGUCAGUAACAAAUUCUUCGCUGGCCUCUAUGUGGAUUUGUCAGACAGAGCCUCGAGGGCCAAAGUGAUUCCGGUUGCUUCUUCCCACCCGUCGGCGAUGGAGAUGAAGACCCUCUUCCCCGUUGCGAGGUCGGACUUCUCGGUGUUGGCGACACAGUGCCAAGGGCGCGAGCGUGUGGAUGUCAUUGGACUGGUCACGGAGCUUGAGAUGCCGAAUACCUCCAAGCCCAAAGCCAACCUCUGGUUGAAAGACACGUCGGGCAAGGAGAUGCUGGUCAACAUCUGGGGCGACCGCUUCGUAAAGAGUCUGGCUGACGCGCACAAAGGUAGCGUCGUUCAGAUCGACAACCUUUCCCUGCUCAAGAAGGAGAACGAUUCCAUCGAAGGCGCCGCGGAACAUUUCAUCGACAACGACAAGCACGGCUUUAGUAUGCUGCACGUGGACCCUAAAGGCGAUCGGGCACAGGAGCUUCGGGAUCUGGAACCCACACAAGGCGAUCGCAUCUCCGUUCCUUGGUGCCCUUCCUUGAGUGGUGGCGGCAGGCUGACCUCCGACUUGGGGCCCUGCUACGUCGCAUGCGCCGCAACUAUGAAUGCAUUCGGCAGCGCAAUGGAACAGGGAUCAACGCAGGACUGCCUUCGCGAGAAAGUCGAAGUGGCCCUGCACAACGUCUGGCUCGUCGACAUCGUUGGGGAUCCAGUCUAUACUCCGUGCAAAGUGUGCUCCACGAAGAUCGACCCAGGGACCAGUAAGUGCAAGCGUGCCACCGAUGGAUGUCAGACGGAGCCUGCGGAUGCCCAGCGAGUGCUGGCCACCGUGCACUUGGCGGACUGGACGGGGCAGCUCAGCAACGUGCUUGUGGGAGGACCGGAGCUGGCGGCGCUGGCCCGGGUCCGUGACGAAGAGAAGCUGGUUCAGUUGAUCCAGUCGAAAGGCAGUGAGGCAGUCUGCUUCAGGGGGCCGUGCGACGCACGGCUGGGGACGUCGCACCGCCUCGGCCAAGCCCGCGGGGGCUCCGCGCAGCAAGCUUCGCAGGCGAGUGUGGCCGGCGGACUUGCUCCCCCGACCCAGUUUCAGGUCUUGGCAGCUCGCGCCUGCUUCGGCGAGGAGUACGACGAGGACCGGCGGCCAAUGGUGAAGAAGGUCACCCGUCUUGCGACCGAGAAGCGAGAUGGUGCUGUGCUGCCAGUCCAGUGUCCGAUUGCCGAUUUGAUGUGCUCAGACAUGGGCACCUUCUUCAAGUUAGGCGGUGUCUUCGCAAACUACGUGACCGUCGCGGCCUUUGCCGAGGACGAGCCCACCGUGGAGGAGGUGUUCAAGGACGAGGAGAAGCACCUGUUGACGAAGCACGCAGAGGUGUACUCGUACACGCUCGAGCGUGUAGGAGACAGAAAGGCAUUCGGGAUCGAGGCUUUUUGUCAAUUCACAAAUUGCUUCCUCUUCAACAUGGCAGACGGCCAACCGCGCUUGAUCUUGGGCCGUGUGAUCAAGAAUGCGGCAACCAACGAGGUGGUUUUGCAAGUGGAAUGGAUGUCGAAAGUGACACCAGAGCAGAUCCGGACAUUCUCGAAGGAGCGUGAGAUGGUCUGGAACCUCCUCCAGGGCGGACCGGCGUUGCAAAGCAACAAACGACCUGCCAGCAGCCUCGUGCAGGAGACGCCCUCGAAAGUGAAGUGCGGCGCUUGGGAAAUGGACUGA